UCUCUCACAUUGUUUGCAAUACUUACAAAGACAUUUUCUUUUCGGAUUUGUUAAAGUACUGAUCAUGGCUACACAGUUUCCUUGUGAAAUCUUUGCCGCAAAGAUGGCCUCGCCUAAUUGCGGGUACUCAAAAAGAGCUUACGUUACAUUCCUGGCUGGAUCAGGAGAUUACAUUAAAGGUGUAAUCGGCCUUGCCAAAGGACUGAGGAAGGUCAAGAGUUUGUAUCCUCUGGUCGUGGCGGUCUUACCAGAUGUUCCACACGACCACAGGUUGCAAUUGCGUAAGCAGGGUUGUAUCGUUAGAGAGAUCGAGCCCAUCAAUCCUCCAGAGAAUCAAGUCCAGUUCGCCAUGGCCUAUUAUGUUCUCAAUUACUCCAAAUUGCGCAUUUGGGAGUUCGAGGAGUUCAGCAAAAUGGUUUAUCUGGAUGCCGACAUUCAAGUCUUUGACAAUAUUGAUAAUUUAUUCGACAUGCCAGAUGGGUAUUUUUAUGCUGUCAUGGACUGUUUCUGUGAGAAGACAUGGAGUCAUACUCCUCAAUAUAAGAUUGGAUACUGCCAGCAGUGCCCCGACAAGGUGACGUGGCCUGCUGAGUUGGAGCAAGAGCGCCCUGCUCUGUAUUUCAAUGCCGGAAUGUUUGUGUUUGAACCCAGUAAAUUAACCCUCGAGAACAUGCUGGAAUCUCUCAUGUCCACCCCUCCAACGCCCUUUGCAGAGCAGGUAUUUCAUAUUUGCUUUGUUUUAUCCUUGCAAACGGAACUAAUUUUCCAGAUCCUGAUAUUGACCACAGUAACCCCUGUUUCUUUGCAGGAUUUCUUGAACAUGUAUUUUCAGCAGGUGUACAAACCAAUCCCUUUGACGUACAAUCUAGUGCUGGCUAUGUUAUGGCGCCAUCCGGAGAAUGUCGACAUUGAGAGUGUCAAAGUCGUGCAUUAUUGUGCUGCGGGUUCGAAACCGUGGAGGUUCACCGGCAAGGAGGAAAACAUGGAGAGGGAAGAUAUCAAGACAUUGGUGGACAAAUGGUGGGAAAUCUUCAAUGACGAAUCGCUUGAGUUGAGAUCAAAUGGCGGAAAUGCAGAGGAGAAGAGGAGAUAUGAAGCGGAACAAGUCUUUCCUCAGGCCCACGUAUUGCCUGCUCCACCAGCAGCCUGAGAAAAACUAAUCUCAUGCUGCAUUAUAACAAUAUGUAAAUUACAAAACAAAGUGAUGAAUUUGCCAAUAGUAAGCCAGUAGCAGCCCUUGUUUUAUUCAAACAUAUUACAUACUGACAGAGAGAAAAAAACAAACAAAUUGUUUUGAUUUUUUGGGGGAAAGGAUGCGCACGGCCGCCUAUGCUUUCUUUCCUCGAUAAAAAUUUACCAUAUCUUACUGUAAAAUUCAUAAAUAUUACAUUCAUCCUUAGCCCAUUCAAUCAAAUGCCAUUUGAAUUGGAAGAUUCUUUUGUAAUUUUACCAUGAUUGCCAAAUGAGCUCGGCAAUUUCACAUUCGUAAGUUCAAAUAUAAUUUAUCUGAUUGGUGUUUUUUU